AUGAAUUUACUAAUAUUAGUUUUAUUAAUUAAAAUGGUUGUAUGUAAAAUUAUUAAUUAUGUGAGAACUGAUUAUAAUUUUAUGAUGUCAUUUUUAAGGACGAGAAAAAUAUUUAGUCAUAAAAAAAUAUAUUUUAAUUUUAAAGUUUCUAAGAAUUUUACAAAUAAUUCAUCAUCUAAUAGUUAUAGUGAUAUAUUAAAAUGCUUCUCAUUUCCAAAAAAAGGGUCAAAGGAUGAGACGAAACAAAAUGAAGCAUUUGAAAAAGGAGAGGUAAAAGAAGAAGAAAAAGAUAGUAAUGUGAAAAGGAAAUUGACAAGUGAAAGUAACAAAAAUAAAAGAGUUAAAAUAAAAAACGAAAAUGAUGUUGUAAAGAAAGGCUCGUUAUUCAAUUGUGUUGUAAGAGAAGAUGAAAAAGUAAAUGAUUUAAGCUCACCUAAAUUUAAUCCAGUACAUUUUAAUAUAAAUGAUUUAUAUUUAUCUGAUAAAGAUAAAGAAAAACAUAAAUUUAAAGACUCGUUAUUAUUUACAUUUUUAACAAAUGCAUUUAAUCAAAUAGAAGAAUUAAAAGGUAGUGGAACAGGAAGUAAAAAAAAUGUAUCUAUUAUAUUAUCUAAUAUAUUUAGGGUUUUAAUAUAUUAUAGUCCUAAUGAUUUAAUCCCAGCUGUAUAUAUAACAUUAAAUAAAGUAGCUCCAGAUUAUUUAAAUGUUGAGGCUGGUGUAGGUGAAGCCUUGAUAUUAAAAACCAUGUCUGAGGCAUAUAGUCGAACCGAGAGUAGUAUAAAAAAGGAUUUACAACAAAUUGAAGAUUUAGGUAUUAUAGCUGAAAAUUGUUCAUGUAAAAUGAGAACUAUAUUUCCUUUACCUCGUUUAACUAUUCAAUCUGUUUUUAAUGAAUUAAAGAGUAUUCCUAAUCUUAUUGGUUCGAACUCACAACAAAAGAAAAGAGAUGUAAUAAAGAAAUUGUUAGUAAGUGCUAAAACGUCUGAGGCUAAAUAUAUCGUAAGAUUCUUACAACAACGUUUAAGAAUAGGAGUAAAUUCUGCAACGGUUGUUCAAGCAUUAUCUUAUGCUUUUAUAUUGACAAGACCUAGUAUACCUGAUGAUAUAAUUAAGAGAGGCAAAUUAAUUAACGAGAAUUUAAUUAAUGGUAAUUUAUGCCAUAUGGAUGAAUUUGAAACUAUUUCUAAUCCGAAGAAGGAUGAGUCUUUAACUCCAUCAUGUGAUAGAAACAAUAUGGAAGGAGAUAUAAAAAAAGAACAAAAUAUGGGUGAUGAUAUAAAAAAAGAACAAAAUAUGAAUGAUAAUAUAAGUAUGAAUGAUAAUAUAAGUGUGAAUGAUAAUAUAAGUGUGAAUGAGAAUAUGGAUUCAUUAAUUAAUCAGAUACGUAUGAGAAAUGAAAAAUUAAACAAACCGAAUAUUUUUUAUAACAUUGAAAAGGUAGGUGAUACUAGACUUAUUCCUACAUUUUUUAAAGAAUUAAAAAAGAUAUAUUGUGAAGAAAAUAAUGAUGUUGAUAUAUUUGAAUGCAUGGAAAAAUCAGUUAAGGGUGCCUUAUGUGAAUUACCAAAUAUCGAAAUAAUAAUUCAAAAUUUAUUAAACGGUGAUGAUAUGAAUACUCUAAAUAAAAAAUGUACUGUUAAGACAGGUAUUCCAGUGCAACCAAUGCUGGCAAAACCAACUAAGGGUGUUCAAGAAGUGUUAGAUAGAUUUAAUAAUGUUACAUUUACAUGCGAAUAUAAAUAUGAUGGAGAACGAGCACAAAUACAUUAUAUAGAUAAGGAUAAUAUAAAAAUAUUUAGCCGAAAUUUAGAAACUAUGACUGAAAAAUAUCCAGAUGUUAUACAAAUAAUAAAGGAUCAAAUUGUAGAGAAUGCAAAGGAAUGUAUUAUUGAUAGUGAAGUUGUUGCUUAUGAUAUUGUUAAUAAGAAAAUAUUACCAUUCCAAGUAUUAACAACUAGAAAAAGAAAAGAUGUAGAUAUAGAAAAUAUUAAAGUCAAAGUAUGUCUUUUUCCUUUUGAUUUAAUCUGCUGUAAUGGUGUACCAGUAAUUAAAGAACCUUUAGCUGUUAGAAGGAAAUUAUUAUAUUCUUUAUUAAAGUCAAAAGAUGGAGUGUUAUCAUAUGCUACACAUUCUGAAAUGAAUAAUAUUGAAGAUAUUGAUAUCUUUUUACAAGAUGCUAUAGAAAAUAAUUGUGAAGGUUUAAUGGUUAAAACCUUAUUAGACAAUGCAUCAUAUGAACCAUCUAGGAGAUCAUUAAACUGGUUGAAAGUUAAAAAAGAUUAUGUUGAAGGUCUUUCAGAUUCAGUCGAUUUAGUUCCUAUUGCUGGUUAUUAUGGAAAAGGUAAAAGAAGUGGUGUAUAUGGAGCUUUUGUUCUAGCAGCUUAUAAUUCUGAGACUGAAAAUUUUCAAACAGUUUGUAAGGCAGGUACAGGUUUUAGUGAUGAAAUAUUAGGAUCAUUAUAUGAAUCAUUAAGUGAUAAAAUAAUACCAAAUAAAAAAUCAUAUUAUGAAGUAUCUGAUAAAUUAAAUCCUGAUGUCUGGUUUGAUGCUCACUAUGUAUGGGAAGUUAAAGCAGCAGAUUUAUCUUUAUCACCAGUGCAUACAGCUGCUAUUGGUAUAUAUGCCGAUGAUAAAGGUAUUGGUUUAAGGUUCCCUAGAUUUUUACGAUUAAGAGAAGAUAAAAAUGCAGAACAAGCAACUACUACACAGCAAAUUGUCGAUUUUUAUGAGGCUCAAUUUAGUAAUAAUAAAAAUAAAAAUAUUGAUUAUAAUGAUGAUACAGAGAGUGAAUAA